AUGCUUGUCAGUAGUCAAUGUCCCCCUAACUCUUUAAUUGAACCAUGUUUAUGUAUUGAAAGCAAUUCAUCCGAUGUUCCAAUAAUACUCUAUCCAACUCUAACAGCAACCAUUCCAAUUCGUUAUAAAUCAAUUAUAUGUGAACAUAUUCAAAAUUCAUCUUUUGAUUUACGUUCUAUUUUUAUUAGACUUAGUGUUAUAUUAUCAACAAAUAAUCAAUCAUUAUCGAAUAAUCUUACACAUUUUAAUGAUUUUCUUUUACAUAAUACACAAAUUAAUCAUCUACCAGAAAAUCUCUUUGGAAAUAUAAUUUUUCAACACAUUAUAUUAUAUAAUAAUCCAUUCUUAAAUUCAAUUGAUAUUCAUGCAUUUAAUAAUACACGAAAUUAUGUAGAAGUAUUUAAAACUUUAAAUACAAAUUUAUCGGACAGUAACACAUUAUUUACUAUAUUAAAACAAUUUAAUAAUUUAAAACUUCUUAAUCUGGAAAAUGAUAAACUAGAAUUCAUUCCAGAUUAUGCAUUCAAUCACAGUGAACUUCGAUAUAUUCGGUUAGGUGUUCAUUCUACACAAACAAUACAACCCAUUGUUCAUAUUGGUAAAUAUCCAUUUUACAAUGUACCGAAUCUAACACAAUUACAAAUCUAUUCACCUUUACUAACAACAAUUGGAAAAUAUUCAUUAGCUCUAAAUAGACGAUCAGUCUCAAUUACUAAUAAUUUAUAUGAUAUGUUAUAUAUUGAAAUUUAUGGGCCAAUGUUAAAUGAUUCAAGUUUCGAACCAACAUCUCUUACUCGUUUUCGUAAUCGACCGGUUUUUUUACGGCUUUAUAACACAAAUAUAACUUAUUUAGAUGAAAAAAUAUUUCAACCAUUUCUCGAAACACAUCCAUUAACAUUAUUAGGUGUUCAGGAUUCAAAUAUUAGUCGAAUAUGUGAUGAUCGAUCAUUAUGGAUUAAAAAUGAAUAUUGUACAAAUAUCAAUGGGAGUGAAAGUCGUGUAUAUGGAACUGCAUGUUGUUCACUUCUUUUAAAUUUAUAA